AUGUCUUCUGGAUGUCAGAUGCGCCCAGCAUGGGCCGGGUUGGGGGUGAAGGCGCGACCGGCCAUAUGGAGAGCGAGAACAUGUCGAGGUGUCGCUACCAGAAGCGCCAGCAUGCAAGAGUGGCCACAUUCUCGAAGAGAGACGUUCCACGCUGCCUUUCAAUUCGGUUGCAUGCCCACAAAAGUACCCAUCGUCCAUUUUAGCC